AUGUAUCAACGCGAUCCCAGAGCUGGAGCAUUCCUAGGUGGCGAUCGCGUGUCUGGUCAGGAUAUUCGUGAUCAAAAUGUAAUCGCUGCCCAAUCAAUCGCGAACAUCGUUAAGAGCUCUUUGGGGCCGUUAGGGCUUGAUAAAAUGCUUGUGGAUAACAUUGGAGAAGUCACCAUCUCCAAUGACGGCGCCACCAUCCUCUCCCUUCUAUCUGUUGAACACCCUGCUGGUCGUAUAUUUGUUGAUCUUGCUCAAAAGCAGGACAAGGAAGUUGGUGAUGGCACAACGUCGGUGGUGAUUAUUGCUGCAGAGCUCCUUCGUCGUGCAAAUGAGCUCGUCAAGGCGAAGAUCCAUCCCACAACCAUUAUUACGGGCUAUCGUCUGGCAUGCAGGGAAGCGGUCAAGUUCAUGCAGGAUCAGCUGAGCAUAAAGGUCGAUUCGCUUGGGAGAGAUGCCUUGCUUAAUGUGGCUAAAACUUCGAUGUCGAGCAAAAUCAUCGGAAACGACGACGACCUCUUCGCGCCUAUGGCUGUAGAUGCGAUGCAAGCCGUUAAAACCAUCAAUUUGCGUGGAGAUAUCAAGUACCCCGUCAAAGCCGUCAACGUUCUGAAAGCUCAUGGUCGUAGUGCCCGUGAAUCCUUGUUUGUGCAAGGUUAUGCUUUGAACUGCACUGUUGCAAGCCAAGCAAUGAAGAAACGCAUAACGAAUGCAAAAAUUGCCUGCUUGGAUAUUAAUCUCCAGAAAGCUCGGAUGCAACUAGGUGUACAGAUCUUGGUGGAUGACCCGAACCAAUUAGAGGAGAUUCGUAAACGAGAAGCUGAGAUCACAUUAGAGAGAAUCCGAAAAAUCCUAGCUGCAGGCGCGAACGUCGUUCUUACGACGAAGGGUAUCGAUGAUCUUUGUCUGAAGGAGUUUGUCGAGGCCGGCGCGAUGGCAGUACGUCGGUGCAGGAAAGAAGAUCUGCGCCGGAUUGCUAAAGCGACGGGUGGCCAACUUAUAUCCAGUCUCGCGAAUCUGGAGGGAGAAGAAACCUUCGAAGCCAGCUAUCUGGGGACUGCCGACGAGGUGGUGCAGGAGCGCAUCUCGGACGACGAACUGAUUCUUAUUAAGGGGACGAAGGUCGUAAACUCAGCAUCGAUUGUCCUUCGGGGAGCAAAUGAUUACAUGUUGGAUGAGAUGGAACGAGCUUUGCAUGACACACUGUCGAUCAUCAAGCGAACAUUGGAGAGUGGUUCUGUGGUACCUGGUGGCGGUGCUGUCGAAUCGGCGUUGAGCAUCUACCUGGAAAAUUUUGCAACCACAUUGGGGUCAAGAGAACAGCUGGCCAUUGCUGAGUUUGCAAGCGCGCUUCUUUCAAUUCCUAAAACGUUAGCCGUCAAUGCCGCUAAGGACUCAACUGAACUCGUCGCGAAGCUACGCUCCUAUCACAAUGCUGCGCAAAACGCGCCAGCCGGAGACCCCAAGAAAGCCCUCCUGCGGUAUGGUUUGGAUCUCCUCAAUGGCGAAGUCCGAGAUAAUGUUACUGCUGGGAUUCUUGAACCCACCAUGAGCAAGGUGAAGAGUCUGAAGUCGGCGUACGAGGCGGCCGUGUCUCUCCUGCGAAUUGAUGACGCGAUACAAUGUGUCCCUGAGCAAAAAGGAGAUCCCGAUGGCCACGGACACUAA